AUGAAUAGUAGAAUAUUUAUGUGGAUCAUGUUUUUUCCUUUGCUUUGGGAACAAGGAUGUUCUAUUCGUUGGCUGUCCCUUCAGCAUUCCAAUUUACACUGGAAUUUGAGUUCAGUCAACAAUAAUCCGGGCAGAGGCAUCCGCUCCGGUACUCGUUCGCCAUGUGGUAUAGCACGCCGAAGAUUCGGUUUAGCCAAGCUCCAGGCGAAAUUGUGUAGAAGCACCAUGGAAGCGAUGCCGCACGUACAAAAAGCGGCUACCGUGGCGGCGGAAACGUGCCAGACUGUGUUUCAGGACCGUCGAUGGAAUUGUUCUUCUAUAGUAACGGCCCCCUAUUUAACCCCGGAUUUAACCAGAGCAACAAGAGAACAAGCUUACGUGUACGCCAUAAGCUCGGCAGCAUUAACAUACACAAUGGCACGUGCCUGCGCAAGCGGCACCCUCUACCAUUGCACGUGUGCUAGCAAACCAAAUGAACCGCCUAAUGGGAAUUUCCAGUGGGGUGGAUGCGGCGAUAACAUAUACUGGGGCGUUUAUUUUGCAAAACGGUUUAUAGACAAUGUUGAAAAACUGAAUUUCGAUAAAACCAGGAAACGCAGAAGAGGCAACUUUGAAGAAAAGAAGAACCUCCUUCUAAGAGAAGAAAUUGCUGCUGUUAACUUGCACAAUAAUCGUGUCGGCAGAAAAGUUGUAAAAGAAAAUCUGAGAACCCAAUGCAAAUGUCAUGGAGUAUCUGGAUCUUGCAAUAUAAAAACGUGCUGGAAAGGUUUACCGCCUCUAAUCGAUAUAGGGCAACGGUUACUAAGACAGUAUACGAACGCGAAAGAAGUAUCAAGAAGUUAUAUUGAAGGAAACUUUGGAAAAAAAACAGGGGGUGAACAGCUUCUGUUCCUGUCGAAAUCGCCCGACUAUUGUACCAAAGAUAUGAAACUGGGUAGCUUUGGAACUGCAGGACGGAAAUGUAAUGUAACAACGGAGGGACCUGACAGCUGCAGACAGUUAUGUUGUGGUAGAGGAUACAGAACACUGGUGGAAGAAAAAAUUGAAAGGUGUCAAUGCAAAUAUUACAACUGUUGUUACGUUAAAUGUAACAUCUGCAGAACAAUGACGCAAGUUUAUGAAUGUAGUUGA